GCGCGGUCGAGGCGCUAAAAAUCGCCUAGCUAAAGAUACAAUGUGGAAUUCCCAAUUGGAAAAGUUAUUUCGGAUUUCAUUUCGGUAUUUCCCAUUCAUUUUUUUGAAGUGGGUUUUUGUGUCUUUUUUAUCCAUAUGGGAUUCCCAAUUCCUGGUAUUGAAAUGGAAAUUUUAGGUCGAUAUAGAAUGCCUGCAUGGAUUGCCCUGAUCCAGAUUUAUAUGUGAUAUAGGGUACAGAUAAAGAAGGAUCAAGACAAGACAUUCUAAUGAGCCUUUCCGUAACCAAUACGUCAAUGAGCAGAAGACUAUUUCAAAAGAUGGCAGACAAUAUAAAGCCCUGUCAGCCAGGUCAGGCCAGGUCAGGUCAGUUGGGGCCUGCCAAUACAUGUAUGACGGAUGAAUCGAGGACAUUUACAACCAUGAGGACGCGCUUGGAACAGACGAAAAAAGAACGCCACCAGAGGAUUGACGAGGAAAAGAAGGAUUUUGCUGAACGUUUGUCGGAAAAAGAACGGGAACAUGAUGAUGAAAUCGCCAGGCGUUGCGAAGAGUUUCAGGCGUACCAGGCUGAGAAGGAUGGCGAGGUACGUAAGGCGGGGAUAAAUAUCGUAGGCUUGGGGCAGAAGCUGACCAAUUCAAAGCUAGAGCUGGAGAACGAAAGGCAAAGGAUAUCAGAGGCUGAGAAGCGUUAUGAGGCAGGCGAAGGAACCAUUAAGAAAUUACGGGAUCAGAUGAAAGCAAAUCGGGAGAAAUAUGAUAUGACGUUGGGAACAAUGGAGGAAAAAUUGAAAAAAUGUUUGGAGGUGGGUCGAGUUCAGAAUGGACAAGCGAAUGGUGUAGGAGAUGGUGAGAUGGAGAGAUUGGCUACUGAUAAGGAAAGGCUUGCUGAUGAGGUUAAGGUGUUGAGAAAAAGGUGUGAGAGUAAGAUCAAGAAGCUGGGUGAUGCGGAAGAUCGACUGGCGCAUAAGAAGAGGAGAAAAGAGGACUGUCUGAAGGAGCGGAAAUCUGAGUAUGAUCAUAUCUUAUCCAACAUGCAGGAGAAGUGCGACAGAGAGGUAAAUGUCAUGAGAGAGCGUAAGGAGGAGGAGAAGGAAGCCUUGAGAAAUGAGUUACAUAGGCAGAAUGAUCUGAACUGCAACAAGUCGGAUGAGCAGAUCCGACUCCUGGUGGAGGGGCACAAGGAGGUGGUGAGACACCAUGGACAAGAGAUGGUAGCACUGAGGUCCACACUCCAGGCAGAGAAGGAGAAGAUGAAGGUGGAUAUUGAAGAGAUGGAGAGGAAGUGGAAAGAAGAGCGUGGACGACUCGAGGACUUGCUCCAGAGGGAAAAGGACAAUCGGGAACAACAGCGGGAUGAAUAUGAAGAUUUCAAGAAGUUGCUUCGGGAGGAAAAGAUCAGGGAGAUAGAGUUUGUCAAGGUCAAGUGUGUACAGGAGAAAGAAGGGCUCAAUAAAGAACAUUCUGAGAUCCUUGCGCAGAAAGGGAAGAAAAUGCUAAGUCUGGCGGAAGGACAUCGGGAGGAAAUGGGUGCGAAGGCUGCAGAGUAUGAACAGGAAACGUCGAAAUUGAAAGAUGAAAUGGCGGCAUUACGACAGACAUUCGAUAAGGAUCGUGCCGGACAGGAUAAGUCAUUGACAGACUUGAUUACAAAACAUCGUAAAUCGGAGAAAGAUCUCGAAACGUACUACAAGGAAAAGGAGGAGAAACUCAGAGAUGAGGUUGAGAGUUUGAAAGUGCAGUUGUCUGAAAAGAUUAAUGAGAUUGAACUGCUGCAGUGUCAAGUUACGCUUCAAAGCUAAAUGUGUUUAAUUAAGUUAUGUUGUCUAUAGCCAGCAGGGCAAGACCUUUAUACGCUUCAAAGCUAAAUGUGUUUAAUUAAGUUAUGUUGUCUAUAGCCAGCAGGGCAAAAAGUUACACUUCAAAGCUAAAUGUGUUGAAUUCAGUUAUGUUGUCUAUAGCCAGCAGGGCAAGACCUUUAUACGCUUCAAAGCUAAAUGUGUUUAAUUAAGUUAUGUUGUCUAUAGCCAGCAGGGCAAAAAGUUACACUUCAAAGCUAAAUGUGUUGAAUUCAGUUAUUUUGUCCAUAAGCCUGCAGGGCAAGACCUUUAUACGCUUCAAAGCUAAAUGUAUCUAAUUCAGUACUGGUAUUUUGUUUCUAGCCUGCAGGGCAAAAUGUUACGCUUCAAAGCUUAAUGUGUCUUAUUCAGUUAUUUUGUUCCUCAGCCUGCAUGGCCAAGUUACCCAUCAAAGGUUAAUAUAUCUAAUUUUGUUAUUUUGAUCCAAGCCAGACAGAAGGUCACUUUAAAAUACAACACAACAUAUUGUUUUUUUGCUUUUACGACUGACCUACAAUGGAUGGCCAAAACCAGUUAAUUUUGGCGUGUGCGUUUUUCACAAAAAGCUAACUUCGCCGAAAAUCUAACGCUGGGAAAAAAAAGGAACGACACUGAUUGAGAUACUAUACAAAGGUUAGGAAAUCUACGUCAAAGCUGCAAAUUCACAAAACCGCGAAGUUUUUAGCCGCCAAUAUGCAAUUUUGAUUGGUCCAAAUGAUAAAUCGGUUUUCUCUGAAUCUGUAUCCUAAAAAGACAAUAGGAUAUAUACAAUAUUCAGUUACAUGGAAAUGA